AACGUUGAAAGGUUUUCUGCUAUCAGAGUACCAACUCUCUCGUCGGAGAACACACACCGUUGCGAAUCACGUUCGUUUUCCUAUUCUAUUGGGGUUGGUUAGGGAAGUUAAAGGAUAGUCGGGAUGGCGUACCAAGGCGGAGGAGGUACCAUGAAGUCGACCUCUAUUAACGGAGUGAAGAUGUAUACGAUGGCGGGACAACAGCGCUCCCUCGCCACUUGGCUACCGCCGAAGAAGCUUAGAGCUCUUCGCAAAGACAAAAAUUACAUGGAAAGGGUGGAUUUGAUCCAAGAUUUAAGAUUUGAAACUGCAACAACUAGAAUUAAAGCUACCCCUGAUGGCGAAUUUCUCAUUGCUUCAGGUAUUUACCCUCCACAAGUUAAGGUAUAUGAAUUAAGGGAGUUAUCGUUGAAGUUUGAAAGGCAUCUGGUAUCGGAGAUCAUCAAUUUCCAGGUGCUGAGUGAGGAUUAUUCAAAGCUUGCGUUCCUUUGUGCUGAUCGUUCUGUUAAUUUGCAUGCGAAAUACGGAAGUCAUUACAGUUUACGCAUUCCAAGGAUGGGAAGGGAUAUCAUAUAUGAUUGCUGGUCAUGUGAUUUGAUAUGUGCGGCUUCUUCACCCGAUUUAUACAGAAUUAACUUAGAACAGGGACGCUUUCUAUCUUCUCUUAACACACAAUCUCCAGCGCUAAAUGUAGUCUCAAGAAGCAAGUAUCAUGGGCUGAUUGCUGGUGGUGGUGAGGAUGGUGCCGUUGAAUGCUUUGACAUGAGGGUAAAAUCUUCUGUGGCCAGGCUCAAUGCCGUUACUUCUGAAAGUGACGGUGAUCAGGAAGUCACUGCCAUAGAGUUUGAUGGAGAUGGAGGCUAUCAUAUGGCUGUUGGAAGUAGUGGUGGAAAGGUGAUGAUAUAUGAUCUGCGCUCAUCAUCUCCUCUUCGAGUCAAAGAUCACAUGUAUGGAAGCCCUAUAUUAAACAUCAAAUGGCAUCAAACUCUCAACUCUGAGCGACCAAAGCUAAUUACUAGUGAUAAGCAUAUUAUUCGGAUUUGGGAUCCAGAAACCGGGGACGGAAUGACUAGUAUUGAACCAACAGCUGGCGCAAUUAAUGACAUGUGCGUGUUCAACGAAAGCGGACUGAUGCUAUUGGCUCUAGACACCAGUCAAAUCCCUUCGUAUUUUUUACCCUCAUUGGGACCCGCUCCCAAGUGGUGUUCAUACAUCGAAAACUUAACAGAAGAGAUGGAGGAGGAUGCACAGACUACUAUUUAUGAUGAUUACAAAUUUUUAACAAAAGAGGAACUUGAGAAGUUGAAUUUAACCAAUUUAAUUGGCACAAAUCUUCUAAGAGCCUACAUGCAUGGAUACUUUAUCGAUUUCCGCUUGUAUAAAAAGGCCCAGGCAGCGGCUAAUCCAAUGGUGUAUGAAGAAUAUAUAGAGAGACGGAAGCGGGAGAAGGAAGAAGAGGAACGCAGUACCCGAAUCACGAUUAAGAGGAAGUUGCCUAAGGUUAACCGUACUCUUGCAAAACGUCUUCUUGAAGAUGAAGAAAUAGAAGCUAACAAAAAAGAAACCGAUGUUGUUGAUACCAAGAAACCAUCUAAGAAAAAGAAGGGGCUCACUUCUGACGUUCUUCAAGAUGAACGGUUCGGAUCUCUGUUUAAUAACGAGGACUUUGAAGUCGAUGAAAACUCUUUAGAGUAUCGGGCUUUGCAUCCUUUAGCUGCACCUGUGCAGCAGUCGUUAGUGAAAGAACAUUUUGAUCCGUUUAUGGAGGAAGAAGAUGAGGAUCAAAGUGAAUCUGAUGCAUCAGAUGAUGAUAAAGACGAAAAGAAAUCUCGUGCUCCAAGAUUGUAUGAAGUGAAGGAUGAAAGGCACGCAGAAGCAUUUAGAAACCGCAAGUCACUUGCCAAAGAGGAUGCAUUGCCGCUGGAAGAGAGGAUAAAGGCUUUAGAAAACAAUAAAAGUUCCAACGGUUUCAACAAAGUUAAAGCGGGACCUGGUGGGUCACGAGAGAUCUCGUUUAUAUCCAGAAGCAAAGGGAAGUAUGUGGAAGACGGGUAUGAUAAUGAUGAUGAUGAUAACCCUCGUGAAAAACGAAGGGGAAUACAGUCACUAGGGUUGAAAUCCGAUAGAUCAGGGUUUCAGGGACGGGGCCGUGGAGGCGGAAGAGGGCGGGGAGGUGGCAGUGGAAGAGGAAGAGGACGAGGAGGUGGCGGUGGUGGAAGAGGGCGUGGAGGUGGCGGAAGAGGGAGAGGAAGGGGUCGGCGGUGAAGUUAGUUUGAGAAAUACGUAAUAGUGAGUGACCUGAAUGUAGUUUUUACUAUUAUAUACAAUUUUGUAGGGUGCAAAUUUUGUGAUGAUUCUGAAGAAUUACCCCCCCAUGAUGAAUGUAACAUUAAAUUUGUUGAAAAUUAUAAAAUUCGUCUAACUUUGAGCUUGGAGCA